AUGUCUGGGGAGUUACCAUACACAUUGCAAAAUAGUACGAGUUUGAUCAUUCUUGAUCUUAGUGAAUAUUAUUUCAGUGGAAGUAUACCGGAAUGGAUUGGUGACAAGCUCUCAAAUCUUAUAGUUCUAAGUCUCCGCUCAAAUAACUUUGAUGGUCAUAUUCCUCAUAAAAUUUGUGCUGGUCGCUCUCUUCAGAACUUGGACCUUGCCCAGAACAACAUUUCAGGAGCUAUUCCAAAAUGUUUUAAUAAUUUUAGUGCAAUGGCAACAAAAAACAAAAGCUCUGGCGACCUUGAGAUUUGGACUACCUUCCAGAGUAAUGUAUUUCAUUUGAGCGCAUUAUUGGUGCUGAAAGGACGAGAGGAUGAAUACAGCACCACAUUAGGACUUGUUACCAGCAUAGAUCUUUCAGUUAACAGUCUCACAGGAGAGAUCCCCAAAGAAAUUGGAAACCUCAUCGGACUACGGUCAUUAAAUUUGUCAAGGAAUCUCUUAAUAGGAAAUAUACCAGACAUCAUUGGCAAGUUGGAGUUACUGGAGUCUCUUGAUUUGUCAAUGAAUAGACUGUAUGGUGAAAUCCCUUCAAGUUUCUCUAAUUUGAAUUUCUUGAAUCACUUCAACGUGUCCUACAACAACUUGACAUGA